AUGUCAGAGAUAAACAAAAGUCUAGAGCUCACGACCACCCCCUCCGAGGCCGCUGAAGCCAUGUCCACGCCCAACAUCGAUUCAGCGCGAGAAGCAAGACGAAAAUGGGAAAUGGCAAAGCAAAAGAAGGUCAAACGCGAUCGAACGUGUACACUUCACAGAAACGACUACCACGCAUUUCUACAAUUCGCUGUCCCGGGAGACAUGACGAGGCCCGAGAUUUGCCAGUCGCAUGGCCGAUGCAAGGCUGAUGGGCCCUUGGUCACGAGCAGAUACCGAGUGUGCAUCCUCGCGGCAAAACCUAGAUACUUCCACCCCGAGUGCUUCGAGGACAGAUACGAUGUCCCAUAUAUGAUCCCAAGGCAUUUCAAGAUGGAGGCUCCCGAGAUGUGCGGGCUCAUGGUGCACAAGUGGUUUCAACACAAUAGGCUUGUCAACUUGGAUGCUAUCGCCGAGUACAUUCUGCAAGAUUGUUGUUACCGGCUUGGCAUGUUAGAACCGGAUCGGCCGAUGCCUGAGCUGAAGGACUACACGACAGGAACGAGAGAUAGAUGCAGCCUGAAGGAUCUGGUGGACAAUGUCAUGUGUGGCUGCUUUCGCAAGAAGGCUUUGGCUCUUGCAGGAUAA